ACUGACAGCGAUUCAAGUGACAGCGAGUUUCUGUAAGUAGCGCGCAGUGGGACCCAGGAUACACGGGACGCUGCUCAUUUCUCUGCUUGUUCCUGCAGUCCGCUCAAUUCCGAAGUCCAACCGAUCGAUCCCACAGGAACACAAGACCGACAGAUGCAGGUGUGACUUUGGAAUCUGUGCCGCCACUGAGGAAAACCGCCGACUUCUUCCCGCCGCUCCUCUGUUCUUCAUUUCUGUUUUUCUCCAUUCACCACUACUGCUUCCCCUCUGUUUCUGACUUGACAGCGGUAGGGGAUUUCUGGACAAUUUUUCCGCCGGGGCGUCUUUACCAUCGCAUGGAUCUGUACUAGGAAGGAAGAGGUGGACGAAAGUGAAUGGCAUCAGCAAGUACAGCGUCAGAAAUUGAUUUGUUGGAUAGACAUUUAUUGUCGGACUCUAUUUCCCUUGACAAUGAUGGGGACAGUGAUGAAGUUGUAUUGUUCAGAGCCUCAUUUCAAGAGAUGGAAGAGAAUUUUGUCAAGUAUCAAACAUUUUUGUGGGUCCUUUAUUCUUUGGCUCUUAUCCUAGCUUGUGGAAUUGGAUUGAUUAUGUUGCUAUAUCUUCCUGUAAGAAGACGGGUUGUUCGAAGGGACUUUCAGUCCAGAAAGUUGUAUGUCACACCGACUGCAAUUGUCUAUAAGGUUACAAAACCGAUGUUUUUUCCUUUUCUUGGUGCUUUGAAGAGAGAGAAACAUAUCCUCCUGCCAUCAGUUGCAAAUGUUGUAGUUGAACAAGGAUAUUUGCAGUCCUUUUUUGGUAUCUAUUACAUCAGAAUUGAGAAUUUAGGUGUCAGAAGGCCUGCCAGUGAUGAUGUUCAUAUCCAAGGAAUCAUGAACCCAAAAGGUUUCAAAAAGGGAAUUAUGACGCUGCUUUCAAGUAUUAGAGAUGAGAGCUUCCGUAGACAACUCUCUGUCAAUGAUGACUGCCCGGGUUCUAUGCCAGGUUAUUCUCCACGAGCUUCAAUUGCCCGGAGAUUAACUUUUCAGCCUGUAUCACCUUCAAGGUCUCUAUUUCAUAAGUCUCAUAGACCAUAUGGGGAGCAAUUGCUUCAUAAACUUGACGAAAUUGGCAGUAGUGUAAAGAAAGUUCAAAGUCUAGUUGAGGAGCGGUUUCAGGAGAUAGAAGUACAGACCUGAUAUACAUGGUGAAAUUUGGUUAAGAUGCUUGAGUGCAGAUAUGUCUUGAAUUUGACAUUCAAAUUUCCGUCACUCCUGCCUCCCAGUUGUGGUGCAGACGUCAGCUUUUGGCACAUUAUGCUAUUUUUUCCCUAUCAAGACCAUUGUCACAAAUUCUCCGUACUGUGGGAAUUUUACAAUCUGAUUGCCAAAAAGGUGAAGAAUGAUAUUAUUGGGAAAAUGUCACGUUGUUUUCAAUAAUACUGUAAUAUUUUCCUCUUGUAUCAAGUAAUAUUCCUUUGUUAUAUGUACUUUAGUAUUUUGAUUCCUCCUAAUCUGAGGAUUUUUGUUGUAUUGUUAUCCUGAUCUUGGUUUCCCUAUGGAAUGCUAUUUUUGAUAUUCGAAGUA